GGGCGCGGCGCGACCAUGGCGCACGGUGCCGGGCGCUGCGGCUGUUGCUGCGGGGGGGAGGCGGCGGCGGGUGGCGGCGAGCGCGGCGCGGCCUGGGGGCUCUACCUGCGCAUCGACCGGCAGCGACUGCAGUGCCUCAACGAGCGCCGUGAGGGCAGCGGCGGCCUCGUCUUCCGCGCUUGGGAGGAGCGCGGCGACCGCGCCCAGUUCGUAGAAAGCGACGAUGAUGAGGAGCUUCUGUUUAAUAUCCCGUUUACAGGCAACGUAAAAUUAAAAGGAGUAAUUGUGAUGGGAGAAGAUGACGGUACGCAUCCGGCAGAGAUGAGGCUGUUCAAGAACAUUCCUCACAUGUCCUUUGAUGAUGCAGGCAGGGAACCGGAUCAGACGUUCAGCCUGAACCGGGACCCGACGGGCGAGCUGGAGUACCCCACCAAAAUUGCCCGUUUCUCCAGUGUUUGCCACCUCUCCAUCCACUUUCCGAAGAACUUUGGAGCGGAGACAACAAAGAUUUUUUACAUAGGCCUGAAAGGAGAGUGGACAGAGGCUCAUCGCCACGAAGUCACCAUCUGCAAUUACGAAGCAUCGGCAAACCCAGCUGAUCACAAAUUGGAACAGAUCACCCCACAGACUCACUUCAUCUCCUAACAGCGCUGCCGACCAUCUCCUGAAGGCCGCGGUGCGACUGUACUGGCGUGAUGGGCUGACUCGAACAGAAAUGGCUUCCCAAAGCUCGCGGGAGCGUCGGAUCAGCUUUACGUUUGGGUCUUUGCCUGGGGGAGCAGAGCAGGGCGUGUGUGCAGCGCCUGGCGGGGGGUGGCUGCGCAGGGCAGUGGCGCCCUGGGCCUUGCAGAAGUGCAGGCUGUUUUUUUUUAGGCAGCAGCAAGCUCGUGUCUAGUAGCGUUUACUUUUCUGCCUCCCAAUAAAACAGCCAGAGGUGCAGAGCUGUGGCCUGCUCACCCCGA